CGCAAGGGGGUGGUAGUAUUCGAACGCGGAGCGCGAGACACAGUGUGCACAUGCGCGAUAACGGAUCGGCUGCGGAAUAUUGGUUUUGUUUUUCUUACCGUCAGGAGAAUAUUUCUCACGCCCUUCCCCACUAUAGUUCCGGGAUUUUUCCGCCCCUGCCUUGACAGCCGACGGGAUGAAUAUUCAGCGAUCCCUUGAGCUCCUGCAUAUGACUGUCUACUCCCAAAGUGUCUCACCUUGUGGCAAGUAUUUAGCAGCUGGGAACAACUAUGGAGAGAUUGCCAUAUUCAGCCUCUCUGCAGCACUGAGUUCAGAGGCCAAAGAAGAGAGCAAGAAGCCAGUGGUGUCCUUUGUAGCCCAUGAUGGUCCAAUUUAUACCAUGGUCUCCACAGACCGGCAGCUAUUGAGUGCUGGCAAUGGUGAAGUCAAAGCUUGGAACUGGAGCGAGAUUGUGAAGAAGGGUUGCAAGGAAGCUUGGUGUAGGAGGCCACCUUACGGGAGCAGCUUGGAGGUGCCAGAAAUCAACGGCCUUCAGCUGAACCUCAAGGAUAAUAGUCUUUUAAUGGCCGGUGGAGACUGCGCUAUCCACAUGAUGGAUCUGGAGUCUGGAGCCUUUACUCAUGAAUAUCGGGGCCACACUGAUUACAUCCACUGCUUGGCACUUCGGGAACAGCUGAGAGAGUGUCUGUCGGGGAGUGAGGAUGGCACUGUGCGCUUGUGGGACUUACGAACUGGAAGUCAAGUACAAUCCAUUGAAGUAUAUAAAUAUGAGGAAUGCAGCCGGCCACAGAACGGGAAGUGGAUCCGUUGCCUGGCAACUGACUCCGACUGGAUGGUAUGUGGUGGGGGCCCAGCACUCACUCUGUGGCACCUACGGUCAGUCACACCCACCACUGUCUUUCCCCUGCCCCAGUGCCAGCAGCAGGUGAUGUUCUAUCAAGACCUGAUUCUCUCUGCUGGCCACAGCCCAACCAUCAAUCAUUUGCAGAUCAGUGGGGAGGUGAAGGCCCAGAUCCCUUGCAUCCCACGUUGUGUCCACUCUCUUUCCAUAAAUGAACACUCGCCAGAGCACAAGGUGCUGACUGCUUCUGGAAGCAGCCACAAAAUUGACGUCUUCACUAACUUUGGUUACCGGGCCUUUUCCCUCACCUUCACCUAGCACCCUCUCCUGUUUUCUCUCUUCUUCACGAUCCCAUUUUCCUGAUCUGGUCUUGAACAAGGAGUUACCUGUGGAGAACAGGCAGCCUCACCCCAGAAGCAGCUGCAUUCAGCAGUCAGUGAGAAGCAGUGUUCAUCACUUAAUUGAAAGGAGCCUGAAACAGACUAAGUAGUGUCUUUUAUGGGUGUAGGGUUGUGGUAUAAAUGGAGAGAAUUGGGAACUCUGCACAUGUAUGCAGUGAGCUGGUAUCUCUGUUCAUAAUCGGAAUAAAUGUUGCACCACAGGCAAGAAUGUUUAAAAUGGUCUCAAAUGCAAUGCAUUUAAACAACUGUAAUUUUUUUACUACAUAGAAAGAUCUUUACAUUUUGAA